AAACCGAUACACUCUCAUGUCGCAUUUCCACCCCUUUUGUUUAGCCCAAGGCACCAUGGUAUAAAAUGGCUCCGUUUUCUUUGGAUGUCUUCUCGGACCAUCGUUGGCAGCUUGUAGCCACGGCGAUACUUUCUGGGGCCACCGCUGCCUCUCUUCUGCUCGGCUAUCAAACGCUUGACAGGGAUCUACGGUUGUCGCAGCUGAAAAGUUCAAUACCUCCAUUGGCGGACGAUCAAGAUGCGCAGAGGCUGAAUAGCUUUGGGGCCGCUUCCUCGCCAACAGCCGUUGACAAGGAAGAUGCAAGGAAUCAAGCGUUGGCGCAACGAGCGCAGGCAGGUGAUUUCGAUGACGAGCUUAUCCUCGAGCAACUAGCCCGCAACAGAGUCUUCCUAGGCGAUGAUGGACUGGCUAAACUACGAGACGCCUUCGUUGUAGUGGUUGGCUGUGGAGGCGUUGGAUCGCAUUGCGCAGCCUCUCUUGCUCGUUCCGGUGUUUCCAAGAUUCGCUUGGUUGAUUUCGAUCAGGUCACAUUGAGCUCCUUGAAUCGCCACGCUGUUGCGACCCUCGCUGACGUGGGGAUACCAAAAGUCCAGUGUUUGGAACGUCGACUCAUCGCCAUCGCGCCGUGGGUGAAGUUUGACUUGCGCCAAGAGAAGUUCGACGGCGACGUAGCCGCGCGCCUGCUCAGCGCGUGGAAGGACACUGAUCGCAAGCCUGACUAUGUCGUCGACGCAAUUGACAACAUAGACACCAAAGUGGCGCUGCUAAAGUAUUGUCACGACAACAAGCUGCCAGUGAUCAGCUCUAUGGGUGCUGGUUGCAAGUCUGACCCUACGCGCAUCAUUGUUGGGGACAUUGCCACCACCACUGACGACGGUCUUUCACGUUCCACCCGCCGCCGCCUCAAGUUGCAAGGCGUCACGGCAGGCAUCCCAGCGGUGUAUUCCACUGAAAGAACCGGCGAGGGCAAGGCAGAGCUGCUGCCAAUCCCGGAAGAAGAGUUUCAGAAGGGGGCUGUGGGAGAUCUAGCAGCGUUGCCUCAAUUUCGGGUGCGAAUCUUGCCCGUGUUGGGCACAAUGCCUGCGAUAUUCGGUCUAACCGUCGCGAACCACAUCAUACUCAGCAUAACGGGAUAUCCGCACGACUAUGUCCCUGCAAAGGGGAGGGACAAGAUGUACGAGGGUAUCCUGAACUAUGUGAAUGGGUCGGAGGAAAAGCUUGGUCGGUUGUUCCAUCCCGGUCUCAUUGGACUCAAGACGCCCAUCACGCUCAAUGACGUUGCCUUUUUGUCCGACGACCUGUACAGCGGUCGAAGCAUCAUCUCGGGCAUCCCUACUCGCAUUGUUCUAGUGCGCUGGCAGAAGCCUGAAGAGACAAACGUGUCAUUCACGGGCGACGAGAACGAUAAGGACUCGCAGCGAGCGUCCAAGCUGCGCCUCAGUGAUCUCGUUUGCAUGACCAAGGAAGAAGCUCUCAAGCACGAGCGUGAGGUUUUCAAAGAGGACAAGAAGGUGGAGGAGGUUUACGACGCGGACAUUGUGGACAAGGUCGCUAGAAAGAGGGCCGAGAUCGCCAAGUUGGAGAAGUAUCGCUGAAGAUUGACCAGUGCUUGGUCUUGUACUAAAAUUAUGUCAUGUAUAGAAUAUUUACGAAUCAAUCUGGGCUCUCAUUACGGGAGGAUGGCUUUCACAUGCGGUUCUCGCAGCAACCUUGCAUCGGUGGAUUCAUGCCCAUUGGGCUCACCGCCUCCAGGUUGGAACUGGAACUUUUAUGAGCACCCACAGCAGCGGACGGAAAGCUGCAUCUGCAGGACUUCAACAAAGACAAUAACGAUCAUGAUAGAGCGAGAUCUUAUCAUGCAAAGCAGCUGGGCGAGGCUGUGGUCAUUCAUCGACCAUAGAGUCUGCUGGAGCCUGGAGGAGGUGAUAGCAUUAAGGUGACGUGGAAGGAUAUCCUUGCGAGGACUAAAGUCGGUCUAGUCUAUCAGCCCGUCCUCCUGCAGCUGGGCGGAAUCAAGUCGA